AUGGGAGGGUGGAAAGGCAGCGUCGUUAAGGGCGCCGCGGGCCACGGCUGCAGGAAGGUGGGGAAGACGGUGCUGCUGCGAAGUGCGUCGCAAGCCGACGAGUACGAGCAGGUUACGGUGGACGCGGGCCGCGCCGUGCUGCCCGACACUACCGUCUCCCCACGCGGCGACUUCCUCUACGUGCUGUCCACCGGCAAGGUGAGUCCAUCGCCCACCUCCAUCACCCGCCCCCAUUGCCCAGUCCCAUCAUCCAGCCCCAUCGCCUAUCCUCACUGCCUAUUCCGUUCCCCACCAUCGUCCACGUCUAUUACCCUCUUCCACUGCUCACCCCGUCACCCGCCUCCAUCACCCGCCUCCAUCACCCGCCACCAUCAUCCGCCUCCAUCACCCGCCUCCAUCACGAGCCUCCAUCACGCGCCCCCAUCACCCGCCUCCAUCACCCGUCUCCAUUAA